ACACUAGAGUUUCGCAUUUCACGAGGGGCAGAAAAAAACAAGUUUCAGGAUCUUCCAGAAGAGCCUUCGAGCUUAAACCACACUGAGAUCCCGAGUCUAUCACAGCAAAACCCGAGGAGCUCUGAUUUCAUCCGACACGGACAAUAUUUAAGAGUUUCUGUCAUCAUUUAUGGAUCUGCGGUGACCUGAUGCAUGAACAAAUCAUCCAAAAGAGCUAAAAUCAGCGAUGGCAUCUUACCAUAGCUUGGAUGAUGACGCAAUGGCUUUGAUGGUCCACGACACCAACGCGGUGAAGAAGGAAGAAUUCGCGAAGGACGAGCCGGUCCAGUCAGACCCGAGUUCCGACCCGAAAGCGGACCCGUCCCAGAAGCCUCCGUACUCGUACGUGGCUCUGAUCGCGAUGGCCAUCCGGGAGAGCUCGGAGAAAAGACUAACCCUCUCCGGGAUCUACCAGUACAUCAUUACCAAGUUCCCCUUCUAUGAGAAGAACAAGAAGGGAUGGCAGAACAGUAUCCGACACAACUUGAGUCUCAACGAGUGUUUUAUUAAAGUUCCCCGGGAGGGUGGCGGCGAGCGCAAGGGGAACUACUGGACCCUCGACCCGGCUUGCGAGGACAUGUUCGAGAAGGGGAACUACCGGCGCCGGAGGCGCAUGAAGCGCCCAUUUAGACCGCCGGUGGCUCACUUCCAACCGGGGAAGUCUCUCUUCGGAGGCGACGGAUACGGAAACUACCUAUCCGCCCCAAAAUACCUCCAGUCCGGCUUCAUGAACAACACCUGGCCGCUCGCUCAGCCUCCGCCACCGAUGAGCUACGGGUCCUGCCAGAUGAGCAACGGGAACAUGGGGGCCAUGAAAGGACUAACGGCCCCAUCCUACAACCCCUAUAGCCGAAUGCAAGCCAUGGGUCUUCCGAACAUGAUGAACUCGUACCACCAGCAACACCAUCAGGCCCAGCAGCAGCAACAGCCCUCGCCGGUUCCGUCCAACAGCGCGGCGGCCCUGCAGUUCACCUGCUCCCGGCAGCCGACCGAGCUCUACUCGUACUGGGACCACGACGCCAAAAACUCCACGUUACAUUCGCGGAUUGACAUUUGAACCGAAUCACACGUCAUUCGAGGGACUUCGAAUUCGGUCGAUCAUCUGAGGUAAACAGGGUAACUUUUUGUUGCUGAAGAACAAACCAACACUAGGCUACCUGGACAGCAUGGAUCAUUUUUUUUUAAAUAUUAUAAAUAAGUAGUUUUGAUUGUCGACAUCAGGAUAAAACGGCCAAAAAAAUCAUAAAAAUCGAAAAUUACUUUGUUUGUGGACAAUGAGAAUAGCCCAUUUACAUGAUUGUUUUGGGACCAUUGUGAUUUUUACGUUUUGAAUUGUCAAGCCAGCACUUAUUUUCAAUGCUUUCAAUAAACUGUUUUGAUUAAAA